AGGGAAUUUCCCUGCAGGAAUCUCCGCCGGGCCCACAGCGCGGGGCAGGCCCGGGCUCGGCCCGCCCUUCCGGCAGCGCCGCGUCCCUUCCGGCAGGGCCGGGCGGGCGGGGGCCAUGGCGGCGCUGGGCGAGCCGGUGCGGCUGGAGCGAGACAUCUGCAGAGCAAUUGAAUUGCUGGAAAAAUUACAGAGAAGUGGAGAAGUGCCACCACAAAAGCUACAGGCACUGCAAAGGGUCCUUCAAAGUGAAUUCUGCAAUGCUGUAAGAGAGGUGUAUGAACACGUGUAUGAAACUGUGGAUAUCAGCAGUAGCCCAGAAGUUAGAGCUAAUGCAACAGCAAAGGCCACGGUGGCUGCUUUUGCUGCCAGCGAAGGUCACUCCCAUCCCAGAGUGGUUGAACUACCCAAAACCGAAGAAGGUCUCGGGUUCAACAUUAUGGGAGGCAAAGAACAAAACUCUCCAAUCUACAUUUCUCGGAUCAUCCCUGGAGGCAUAGCUGACAGGCACGGAGGCCUGAAGCGUGGAGACCAGCUGCUCUCUGUGAACGGAGUGAGUGUUGAAGGAGAACACCACGAAAAGGCUGUAGAACUGCUGAAGGCAGCUCAAGGGAAGGUUAAAUUAGUCGUGCGAUACACGCCGAAAGUCCUGGAAGAAAUGGAGUCGAGAUUUGAAAAAAUGAGAUCGGCAAAACGCAGGCAGCAAAACUGACGUUGUAUGCAAUAACUUACAGAGAAAAUAUACUCCUUUUACAUGUUAUUAUGGUUUCUUUGUGACUCAGUUGAUCCAAUGCCUGGGCUACAAAAAACCCUGUCCUUUUCAUAGAAUCACGGAACGAUUGAGGUUGGAGGGACUCCUGGAGAUCUAAUCCACCACCCCCCCAGCUCAGAGGAGGGCCAGCUAGAGCAGGUUGCUCAGGACUGUGACAGGCUGGGUUUUUAAGCAUCUCUAAGGAUGGAGACUCCAGAAGAUCUCUGGGCAGCCUGUUCUAGUGCUUUGCUCUCCCUUACGCUAUGAAGGUCCAUUCUUAGUUUAAACAGAGCUUCCAGUAUUUCCACUUGUGCCCAUUUCCUCUUGUCCAGUCACUGGAUUCUACUGAGAAGAGUUUGGCUCUUUAUUUACUCCUCCCUUUCAGGCAUUUACACAGGUUGGUAAGAUCACCCCUGAGCCUUCUCUUCUCCAGGCAAGGACAAUCCCAGUUCUCUCAACCUCUCCUUGUCCGUAAGAUGCUCCAAUCACUUAAUCACCUUUGUGGCCCUUCGUGGAACUCGCUCUUGUACACCCAUUUCUGUAUUGAACUGGGUAGCCCAAAACUGGACCCAGCACUUGUGUCUCACCCAGGCUGAGCAGAGAGGGAGGAAUCCCUCCCUCAGCCUGCUGGCAGUGCUUUUCCCAGUGCAGACCAGGAGACUGCCGGGCUUCUUUGCCGCAGGUGGCUCACGGCUGACUGCUGCUCUCUGCAAGGCUGCUCUGCAGCUGCUCAGUCCCCCGGUCUGCACUGCUGCAUGGGCUUAUUUCCCCCACACCAGGUGUAGGACUUUGCACUUCGCUGAACUUCACGGGGUUCUGAGAGCGUGAUCUGUCCCAUCACCCCGGCUGAUCGUGAAAACAGACAGCGGUGUGGACAGUACAGGCCCUGGGGUGCAGCAGCAGUGACUGACACCUGGCAGGACAUUGUGCCACUGAUCACAAACCCUCAGCAGUUUUAGAAUGUUUUCAGUCUCCUUGCGUUUCACAGUUUAAGAGGAAUGUGUACUUUCACAAUGGCCUAAAAUACCCUUAAAAAACAUAUAUGGUGACACUUCUAUUGAUUUUUUUUUUUCUUUUUAAUCUUGUGUCAGGCCUUUAAGCAAGAAAGUGAAUUUACAGAUUUUUCAGAGGCAUUUAAUAAGACAUAGUGGUACAAUCGGCAUCCCUUUUUUCCUGUUUUCUUUUGGCAUUACUUAACGUAGAAUCUGCAGGGGUUUUUGCUGAAUGACUUUUGGAAAAAAAAAAUUCUUAUGUAGCAGUAUUUUGGCACUUUUCUUAAGAAUAUGUUGUAUAUCGACUGUAAAACCUAAUCACAAUCUACUGUGUAGCUGAUAACGAUACCAGAUUUUGUAAUGUUUUGGUGAAUACAUUGUUUUUACACUUCUGCUAAAUUGUAAUUCGUUACUCUGGAAAUUGUAUUACCUCUCCUGUAAAUAAUUUACAGUUGGUGUUCUCACAUAAUGAUUUUGUAAUAGCCAACAUUUACAAAUUUGCAACAAUCAUUCCUGUAACUUAUAUUAUUUUGUACUAAUUUUAAAGCAGUUAAGGGGAAAAAAUGUGAUUGUUGUAUGCAGUUCUGCAUUAACUCUCUCUCUCUAGAUGUAUUUUUAUAUUGAGAAACAGAAGAUAUAUUAAUGCAGUGCAGAAGAAAUCCAGAUGUUUCCCUGACUUUCUGCUGUUUAAAAGAAUUACUCAUCUUAAUUGUCAUACCUCUCUUGUCUUUUUCGUGUCUUCUAUUGUAGUCUUUAUCUACACGCUGAAUGUAUUGGUCCUGCAGUAGUUAGUACCUAAAUUACUGAUUGUUGUGUUUAUAAGAGCAAAAUGUUCUGAGUCUUACAUGCCAGGUUACUGUGACACGUGAACUUGUCUGGGGUUUUAUUACUGACUGCUUCUGGCUUGGAGGAUUCCUGUUUGUGCUACAGAAGUACUGCAUCACCCCUGCUGAGUGAGGAAAUGUCCCUCUGUAAGCAGCUGAUGUCUUAUCCCGUGGUGGCACGGGGUUUGUGUGCCCUCCUGGAGCGAAUUUCUGGGCAGAGAUCCACUUUUUUUGGAAUCUCCCAGGUUUGAUGCUGUACUUGUGUAGUUUAGGUUUGGAGUUUUGGAUUUGGUUUGGUUUGGGUUUUUAUUUGAGCUUCACCUUUUGGUAUAUAUAUCUAGGAUUAACUUCAUUGUCUACUGGGUGUCUGUUCACUUGUAUGGCAGCUAUGAGUGCUUCCUGUUAGUAAUUUGAUUUUUAGAGGCUUAAACUGCAAAAAGUGCAGCUCUUGCUGUGUGUGGCUAAUCCCUAGCCUUAUUUCACAUGGGGCAGUAUGUGAAAGAAAGGAAAAAAGCCGGUGAUCUGAAAACGGCAGCAUGAAGCUUGUGCUCUUGUCAGGUGAGCUAUUCGAAAAUAAAUUAAAAAAAAAAAAAAAAAGUGAUUGCUACAGGCAAGUGAGGAAUGUGAUUGCUUUCUGCAUGUUUGUAAGCAUGGUAAGCCUGCAAAAAGAAAUUUCGAAGAUGCUGGUAAUUUGAAAAUUCAGUAUGAGUAUUUAUCAGUUAGAUGGCAUUGAGCACUGAAUUGCAUGGUUCGUUAUGUGUCAUAGGCCCCUUUCAAAAAAGGCCUCAUGUUACUGAUACAACCAUGUUGUUGAACUGUAUAUUUUUAUGGAAACAACUAAUGUUUAAAGUAUUGAGACCAAAAUCAUUAGUUAGAUCAGUCGUGGACGUGUUUUAAUUUAAUUGUAAAUUAGCAGAAGUUUGUUUUAGAGCCAUAUAUAAAUAUAUAUAUAAUAUAGAAAGCUAUGGAUACAAGAUAGAAAUGUGCAUUUUACGACCUGUAUCCCUUGUGGUACUGAACAAAGAGGUGUGUUUUGUUACUCUGAUGAAAUACUUACUCUAGUGCAGCUAGAGCUGCGAAGUGCAGUAGCAUUUUCAUUCUGAAUUGUGAAUUGAAUCCAAAUGUGUAGCAUUUGGGUACAGUUUGUCAACUACUACAAAACAUGGGGAGGUGUGUCUGGGUGUAUAAAUAGUACAUGUAGAAUUUGAUAAAUUUUUUUUUUUUUUUAAAAUUGCAAUAACAAAAAUUAAUAACAGACUAAUUAAUAACUGUCGUCUUUUAAUACUAUGAAAACCCUCUAGUAAUAAGGAAAGGGUGGAUUAAAAUAAGCCAAGAAACUUGAUCUCUGUUACUACUGAGCAGUGCCUGUACUGUGUUAAUAUGCAGUCCCUACACACUUGGCAUACUUGGGUAUGCAAACAGAUUAGGAAGAGGUGUCAUUUCUGCAAGUAACUUCUGCAUCUGUUGCUGCUGUGAGGGAUCUUUGGUUUUAUCAACAGAAAAAUAAAAGUUAAAUCUCA